AUGGCAGAAACGCUCAUUGCCCUUUUACUUGUUACAACUUCUGCCAAUGGUUCGAAUCUCGUCUUUAGGUGGCCAGAGUUCCCGACAGCAUCUCCGCGGCUCAGUCGCGCCCGACCGGACGACGCCUUGUCUCUCUCUCAGCUCGAUAACCCAUGGAGGGCUUCACACUCUCAAGGAGCUGCGGAAAGCGUUGAACAAGCACUUCGUCAGUAUGGCUCCGACCCCGAUUACUGCUGGCAAAGACCCAACGCGUUACGAGAUAAAGAUCUGAAAUAUGGUCACUCCUCGCCAGAUAGCCGUACCUCGCACUCUCGACAUCGGUCAUUCAACGGCUACGAUGCGAAGACUCCAAUUCCUGACGAAUACGAGCACGUAUUGGGAUAUAAAGCGGAAUUCCUAGCCCAGCACCUCUGCCCGCAGCGGUCCAUGUGCCAUCAAAAAUUCGAGCUGGUUGUUGACGACCUAGCAUUCAUAGGACAUCCAGUUCGUGCAGAUAGCGACGGUGGGUGGAGAUUCAAACCCGAGAAAAUCAAGACGAGUUCGAGGGGACGUGAAGCAAGUGAACCUGGGGGUUCAACAUCUCCUCAUAAUGGCAAUUCCACCUCAUCCAUUUCGGAGUCGUCGAACUCAGAACCGCUGUCCUCUUCCCAAAGCAAGUGGCUGCACACUUUCCACUUUGCCUUGGUACUCGACCUUCCGGACCCUUCUUCAUCGGCCUCAGGAAAUCUCUCCAAAUACUUCAACAUCCUCUACGAACAGAUCGCUUUUACUUUCACUGCCGUGCUAUAUCAAGAACAAGUCCUGUCCAAUUUUGUUGAACGAGAGUGUGACACACUUAUAGCUCUGAAGGAAAGCUGUAUCUCCAAAGGUGAACUUUUUGCGACCUAUACGGCGAAGGCAUUCGAAGUCUCUUCUAUCGCUCCAGCCAUGAAGACUAUAUUUGAAGCCAUCAAGACCUCCUCUGUGGCUUAUAUCACUAUCAACUACCUCCCAUUAGAAUUACAACUACCUCCAUACCUCGAUGCCCUUCUACAUAGUCAAGAUGAUCAAGAAACCGAUUUAGUAGACCGCCAUGAAGAUGAUGUAUCCCUUAACUGGGGCCAAGACAUGGGGCUUGGCUGGAAACUCCCAAUCAUGGCGCCAUGGAAGACCAUAUUGCUCCUUGAUGUCGACAACAACAUGGUCCCCGACCAGGUGCUACAAGGCCCGUAUGAUACCCCGGAAGACAAAAAGUUGGCGGAAGGGCUUGUUCGAUUCCUGGAGACGGCAUCCAUCACACUUUCGCUUUUUGACAUGGCCAAUCUACUCGACUGGGAUCUGGAAACUCAGGUCUAUCCGAUCGUGAAAUGGCUCAUCCUUCAUCGAAGAGCAAAAAUCGUCGAUGUAGUUCAUACUGGAUUGAAGACAGUCUUCGCCCUUCCUCCUAAAUUCAGCGCACCAUUACCUGAAUUGACCGUUCAAUUUCAGGAGGCAUUUUCGCAUCCUUCGGUUCCCCCUCUACCUCGAAUUUUGGCGACCAUUUCAACAUCCAUGUCGAAGCAAACUGACAAUCACUUUUUUGCAUCUGUCGUCAAAUCGAAGGAACUCAUUCCGAUGUACCACGAUGUCGUUCAAUGGAUGCUCAAACGAGAUAUGUUGAUCACCUUGCAUCUUCGCGUUCGAAUUGUUGCGACACGGGAACUCAAGCUUCGGGUCAAGAGUGAAAGAGAUCUGAAACUGUCACGCCAAUAUGGAAAGGGCCAUCUCAGUCGUAGUCGUUUGAAGUCCUCCAGAAAUACUGAUCAUGAAGAAGGCCAACCACCGACCAGGGCAAGAAUCAACCGCUUUUUCCCCGGCCACAGCCCAAGUGCUCCAUUGUCAUUCUCCCGACGUGUGUCUUCAAAUGAAUCUGGGCGAAGUGAUAUCAGCGAGCUCAAAUUUCCAGAAGACUCUGCGUUAGCUGAAGAGGAGAGCGAUAGCAACUCCGAAGUCGAUGAAGAAGAUUCUGGUUGGGAUACGACAGAGGACCAUAUGUGGCCUGGCAUUAUUAAUGAUCCAGGUAAAGCCACGCCAAUGCAACGUCGGUGGCUUUCUGCAAUGUCGGAUGGUAAGGAAUCAGACAUUGCGAGACGAUUUGAACUGAUCAACCAAUAUUUCGAUGGAAAACGAUCCGAUGAUGAAAUUCUAUACCGUGCCGAAAUAAGUAGGAAACAACUUCGAGAAGUCCUUCACCAUUAUGAGGAAUAUCUGCAAACUUUCUUGCAUCCUUCCUGA